CGCAGUAGUCGUAGGCUGCCCACGGCCCUCGGCGCCGAACACGCAUCUGCUUCUCCUCUCGAUCCCAUCCGCAUUCCCAUCCCAUCCACUCCACCACCAGAUCCCCGCGAGCGUAGCCUCUCCUCCUCCCCUCUCACGUCCCACCGCAUGCGCAACACGCGCCUGCCUUCCCGGUCCAGCCCCCUGCCCCCAGGUGUUGCGUCCCCCGUCGAUCGCCACUCGACCCUGCUGGUGGAGUGAGUGCCGGUGAUCCAUCCGGAGUUGGAUUUGUCCUCGGCAAGGAGGUUUUGCACCAUACAAGAUCGUCAAAAUUGCCGAAAUGGGAGGUAUAAUUAGUGGGGACUCGCCUAGGCACAGCUCACCAGCAUCGAAGUUAGAGAAAAAGAUGGUUGACGCUAUGCAACAGAGGGCAUUAAAAGGAACCUCUGUGAAAUCAUUCAAUAGUGUCAUCAUGAAAUUUCCUAAAAUCGACGAGAGUUUGAGAAACUGCAGGACUAUCUUCCAGGAAUUUGAUGAAGAUUCCAAUGGUGAAAUAGAUCAACUGGAACUCAAGCGUUGUUUCCAAAAUUUGGGUAUCGAAUCAACUGAUGAGGAGAUAAAAGAUCUUUUUGAGGCAUGUGACAUAUAUGAACAUAUGGGCAUGAAGUUCAACGAGUUUAUUGUCUUCCUGUGCCUUGUUUAUCUUCUAAAUGACCCUGCAGUGUCUGAAGCAAGAAAAAGAAUGGGGUUAGGGAACCUUGAACCAACAUUUGAAACAUUGGUUGAGUCAUUUGUCUUCUUGGACAAGAACAAAGAUGGAUAUGUCAGUAAGAGUGAGAUGAUACAGGCAAUAAAUGAGACCAUUGGAGGAGAGCGCUCUUCAGGGCGCAUAGGCAUGAGAAGAUUUGAGGAAAUGGAUUGGGACAAGAAUGGCACAGUGACCUUCAAGGAAUUCCUUUUUGCUUUUACUCGCUGGGUGGGGAUCGAUAAUGAAGACGAUGAUGAUGAAGAUAAAGAAGAAUGAGUGUGCCAACUAAGGAUUAGGCGUUAUGAAUUGGCCAGGUUGACUGGAGGCCUCCAGCAGCUUCCUCCUACCGUUGUUCAGAAGCAGUAGUUCAUGUUUUUUGUGUGCCGAGCUGAUGAAUAUGUUUAUGUUCGUAUAAACAGGAUGAACACUAGCUAUGUUAAGGAUUUGCUUAUAAAAAGUUACACCGGGUCAGAUGCUGUUCUGUUAGCGUACAUUGUCUUUAAAAACUAUUUGCAUUCUGUAUGACAAUGUAAACUUGUGAACGGUAGUAGUGCUUUACUUUGUUUC